ACACGCACGCACACACGCACGCAUACACCUUGCCACCACGCUAUCGGCACCAUGGUCGGCAGGCCGGAGCCUCCGAAGCCCGAGCUGGCGGCCUCCUCGCCGCUCGGGCCCUCGUCUAGCAUGUCCCUUGCAGCUCGGAAGACCCGCCUGCUGCAGCAAAUUCACACGGCCAAGGCCGACAUUGCCCAACUGGAAGGGAUUCUGGCGGAUGCGGUCGCUGCGCGAGCGCGCGACGCGGCCAUCCUCUCCGGCGAUGGGGCCCUUCCCUUGGCGGCGCUGACGGCCGAUGCCAAUCGGCUGCGGCAGAUCGAUCGCGCUCUCGGCGAGCCGGACGGCCACCCCGGCCCGGCGCUGGCGCAGAUUUGCUCCUCCCUGCUGGACGUUUCGACCCGGAAUUUCCUCCGCGACACGGUGCAACCGCGUGGCGAGGCACCACACCUGGACACCGGGUCCGCCCGGCGGACCAUCGUCUCCCUGUCGACCGGCCGGCCAGUGGAGCCUGUUGCCUCGCCACGCGAUCGCGAGUCCAUUUCCACCAUCGAGAAUGAGCUCUACGCUUUGGAGGCAAUCAAUGACUUCAAGAUCGAAAACAUCACAUACCAGCCCCUGGCGCCGGAUGAGAGCGCCCAUCUUGCGCGCGAGUAUGUGCGCGCCGGUCGGCCCCCCGGCGAUCCGGCCGCCGACGGGUGGAUCGCGUCCACGCUCUUUGUCAGCGCGCACGGGGCGCGCAUGCAGGCACAACUUCUCCUGCCGCCGGCCGACCCAUCAGCCGACGAGGCCGGCCCCCCGGUCCCGCCAGCCGCCGGGGUGCACCUGUAUGAUGUCCUGCUGAGCCCGGGGGUGGCCUCGGAGGCGGAGCCCUUUUUCCGGGCCCUGACGCGCCUUGGAGGCCGGAGCCCCGACGGGCUGGACCUGGCACGGCUGGUUCUUCGGACCUUUGCCCGGGUGGCACGGCUGGCUGCGACCCGGGCACACAUCUUUGCCUGCCUCAAUCGCUGGGUCCGGGACCCCGGGCGGCCGGUGGACUUUGCCACCGCCCCGCCAGCAUCCCUGGCCAUGGACCCCCACGCGCAGAUGGUCAUCCUGCCGGCCGUCGGUGGCCGCGUCGGCCUGCAGCUUACCUGGGAGAUUGGCCCGCCGCGGGCCUCGGCCGAGGCCCAGCCCACGGCGGCCAGCGAUCACGCCGACAUCCGGGCCCUGGUUGAGCGGGCUCUCGGGCCUGUGGCCGCCGCGCCCCCGUGGGUCUUGGCCGCCGACGUUCGUUGCCGGAUAUACAUGACCUGUGUGACCGGCCGCAGUGAGGCCCAAACGCCGGACAGUACUUUGGUCCGGCGCGAUGCCGAGGCCCUGGCCCAGACGCUGGUCCGGGAAUUCGAUCGCCUGGUGCGCGUUGCCGGCUUGACCGGGGCCCUGACCAUGAUCACUCGGCACCUGUCGCCACGAUCCACUUGACGCCGGCGCCCUUGGCCAUGCAUCCGGGGCUAGAUGCGGCUACAUGUGUGUAUGCCCGUGUGAGCCGAUGCGUAAAGGGCCGGGCGGCAUGCGCCGGAAAGCAGGCACGAAAAACAAUGGACUUGAAGCCCUCCGAAA